ACAGCCUGGAGUCCCUUCGAGCCUCCAAUCAUUCUUACCCUGCCUCUGGGUAAAGCAGGCAGGCACAGCCCUGUCAGUCCCUAGGGGUCAGUGUGUUGAGUUUCGCAGCGUUCCAUACUUGGUGCUGGACUCUGCUGUUCAUAGUCACGUCCAGUCCUGUGGGAAGAUCGACAGAACUGGCCUUCUCGUUUCUCUUCAGACACCCCCAUCACUCCAUGUAGCACCCACUGCUUUUCUUCCAAACCCCUACAUUUCUUCCCAAGCUGGAAGUCUCUAUUCUGCAAGCCCACGUGUCUUCAUGUUGAACGUUGUGUCUGUCUUGUUCCUGGCUGCAGCAUCUGCCUGCUCUUCCCCUGCAGUGGGGCCCAGCCCAGGAAGUAGUGCUGAAGAAAGUCACCUUUCAAGGUUGAACUGGAGCACUCUGGUUCCCCUAUGGCUCCAACAUCAGCGCCUGGGACUUCGAACAAAAGGCCCAGACUUCAUUCUGGAGGACUCCAUCUUUCAGAUUCUGGGGGGAUCCAUACACUAUUUCCGUGUACCCAGGGAAUACUGGAGGGACCGCCUGCUCAAAUUGAAAGCCUGUGGCUUGAAUACCCUUACCACCUAUGUGCCAUGGAACCUCCAUGAGCCAGAAAGAGGCAAAUUCGACUUCUCCGGGAACCUGGACCUAGAGGCCUUUAUCCAGCUGGCUGCAAAGAUCGGGCUGUGGGUGAUUCUGCGACCAGGGCCCUACAUCUGUAGUGAGAUUGACCUCGGGGGCUUGCCCAGCUGGCUCCUCCAAGACCCUGACAUGAAGCUGAGGACAACCUACCACGGCUUCACUAAGGCAGUGGAUCUUUACUUUGACCACCUGAUGUCCAGGGUGGUGCCACUUCAGUAUAAGCAUGGAGGACCUAUCAUCGCCGUGCAAGUGGAGAAUGAAUACGGUUCCUAUAACAAAGACCGUGCAUACAUGCCUUACAUCAAGAAGGCUUUGGAAGACAGAGGCAUCAUUGAGAUGCUCCUGACCUCGGACAACAAAGAUGGCCUGGAAAAGGGAGUCGUUGAUGGAGUGCUGGCCACCAUCAACUUACAGUCGCAACAGGAGCUGAUGGCACUAAACACUGUUCUCUUAUCUAUACAGGGGAUUCAACCCAAGAUGGUGAUGGAGUACUGGACAGGGUGGUUUGACUCGUGGGGUGGCUCCCACAAUAUCUUGGAUUCCUCUGAAGUCCUGCAAACAGUGUCUGCCAUCAUCAAAGACGGCUCCUCCAUCAACCUGUACAUGUUCCAUGGAGGCACAAAUUUUGGCUUCAUAAAUGGAGCCAUGCAUUUUAAUGACUACAAGGCUGAUGUUACCAGCUAUGACUAUGAUGCUAUACUGACAGAGGCUGGAGACUACACUGCCAAAUACACCAAGCUUCGAGAACUCUUUGGAACUGUCUCAGGUAUUCCUCCACCUCCUCCACCUGAGCUUACUGCUAAGAUGGUCUAUGAGCCAAUGAGUCCAGCUCUCUACCUAUCACUGUGGGAUGCUAUCCAGUACAUGGAUAAGCCAGUCACAUCUGAGACACCCAUCAACAUGGAGAACCUGCCAGUAAACAAUGGUAAUGGGCAGGCCUUUGGGUAUGUUCUGUAUGAGACCACUAUCUUUUCAUCUGGUGUCCUCAGUGGCCUCGUGCGUGACAGAGGACAGGUCUUUUUGAAUAGAGUAUCCAUAGGAUUCCUGGACUAUAAAACAACAAAGAUCACUAUCCCCUUGACCCAGGGUUACACCAUACUGAGGAUCUUGGUGGAGAAUCGUGGGCGAGUCAACUAUGGAAAUAACAUUGACAGUCAGCGCAAAGGUUUAAUUGGAAAUCUCUAUCUGAAUAAUAAAGCUCUGAAAAACUUCAAAAUCUACAGCCUGGAUAUGACAAAGCAGUUCCUUCAGAGGUUCGACAUGGACAACUGGAGUGUCAUACCCAAAGAACUGACCUUUCCUGCUUUCUUCCUGGGUGCCUUGUCAGUUGGCAUUUACCCUUCUGACACAUUUCUGAAGUUGGAGGGCUGGGUGAAGGGGGUUGUAUUCGUUAAUGGGCACAACCUUGGACGCUACUGGAAUGUAGGACCUCAGGAGACUCUCUACCUCCCAGGUGUCUGGCUGGACAAAGGAAUCAACAAGGUUAUCAUUUUUGAAGAGACAAUGUCAGGCUCCAUGGUCCAGUCUACUGAUAUCCCCCACCUGGGCAGGAACCAGUACAUUAACUGAACAGAAGUCCCAGCAGCCCCUGCUGUGGUUGGCAGCUUCCUUCCUCUCCUGCAGGAGAAUUCAUAACUAGCAACCUCAGGGAAUGAAGGGCUAUAGUCAACUUAGACUAUAAAAAUCCUAAGCCUGAGAGGACUGAAGAGAAGAUGGGGUAGCGCUCUCUGGGAUACACUCACAGUGAGAUGUCUUCUCUUCUGGUUUUGUGGAUGGGCACUUUCUGUUCCUCUGAUCUUUCAGGGGAAGCCGUAGGGCCAUCUCUGAGGGUGGAGUAUGUAGUUAUAUCACCUUCGAAGAAGGUGCUGGGCCUGGGUGGGUACUGCCCUCUUCUGGAAGUGAAAGCCUCGCUGACCAGCUUGCUGGUUCUAGGUAGGCUUUUUGAACAUUCCCAGCAGGGCAUAGCAACAUCUUAGACAGUCUCUUUGUGCUCCUGAACUUGUGCGUUUGUCAUUGUUUGUAGAGCAAAGAGAAAAGGGGAUCUAACACGAGUCAACUUUAUUUGUUGACUUUGCACCUGACUUUGUUCUGCGAAUCUGGAAGAAACAUGUCUUUUCCUUUUCAGGCUGUCUCUUCUUACAUGAAUCAGUUGGUAAACAGAGCCUAAGAGAAAAAGGCGUGUUCAGUACUUAUCUCCCAUGUUAAGAGGUUGGCAUUUCAGCAGAAACCACCUCACACCCAUGCUCUCAGGAAGAGAAUGGCAGAAGGCCCAGCUAGGUAGUACUGGGCAGCUGCACCCCACUGCAGUUGGAUCUGGCGUUAGCUACAGCCCACAGGUCUAGCACUGUCUUGUUUCUAGCUCAGUGAUUCUUUGAAUACUCUCCUUCCCCUUCCUGACCAAACCGCAGGGCAGAGGAAAGGCAGCAGGGUGGAGGAAAGGCCACGCUGUCUUAGUCCAGACUGAAGGUUCUUGUUCAAGGGAUCAAGUGCAAUGGUUUGGCUUGGGCUUGUCAUUCUAAAUUGCAAUACAUUUGAAGCAAACCUUCUUUGUGGAUGUCUCAAGCUUGUCUGCGCCACUCUCAGCCAUGGGAGGUGACCCUUAAGGAUCUAGAUACUGAUGGUACCCAGCUGGCAAGUGGCACAGACCACUGGCUUCUUACCACUUUUCCUGAUUUCAAUUCUCCUUGGCAUGUCAUUGCAUUCAGAGCAGUCCAAUCUCAUGCUGGUAGUUAAGAAUAAGAACUUUCUAGAAAGCGAAACCAGAACAUAUCAUUGAGCUAUAGAAGAUAGUUUUGCUUCAUAAAUUACAGCUGAAAUGUACUGCUCCAAGUAAUAGUGCCCACACAGAAGCCCAGUGAAGAUGGGCUAGGCAAGAACAGGCCAACGGAGAGGCUUACAGACUGACAGGGUGGCUCCCUGAGUAAGGCCAAGACUACUGUAGUCAGGGCUACUACAGCCACUGAGCUAAGCGCCCAGCUAACUUACUUGUGAGUGGUCAUAGGGGCACAACCCAUGUCCCACUGGGUCUGAGAAAUUGAGGUUGUGUCUGUCUGUCUGUCUGUCUGUCUGUCUUUUUCUCGAUGUCUCUAAGAUGGGGUCAUAUUAUAAUAAUCCAGUCUGGCCUUGAUCUUCUGGUUCUCUUGCCUUAGCUUCCCAACUUCUGAGAUUACAGGCUUGUAGCAUCAUGCCCAACUCAAAGGAACCUUUUUUAAAAAGCCUUUUAUUUGUCUUAAAAAUUUAAAAUAAAAUCACUUGAUAAUUA